ACAGCGCUGCCUAUGAGGUCUCCUAGCGACCGAGGCAGCCCAAGGACACACACCGCCACAGGCCGAGCAGUCCCUGGGGACCUGAGGGCACCAUGGAGGACCACAGGCAGCUGUUCCCGCCCUGCACGCUGGCCCCGGGGCCCGAAGGCUUGAACUGCAGGCCCUGUGGAGACCAGCCUCCGAGCAGCCUCCCGCUCCCACCCAGUCCUGUGGUCCGCAUGACCAGCACGCCGUCUCCUGGGAACCGGGAGAACCCGCCCUUCACGUGUUUCACAAAGCCCACGAAGAGGCUGAAGGUCUCCCUGUCCCUGAACAGCCGGCGGUGGGUAUUUGUGAGGAAGGGGCUGGACGACUUCAGGACAGGCUGCCCGCCGUGUGAAGGUCUGAUCACGCGGGGCCCCGAGGAGGUCUGUCUGCCCCGACGACGUGCCCCUGAGAGGGGGCAGAAGCAGCUGGCCCUGGGAGCGGCGCUGUGCUCCAAGCUCUCGCCAGCCCAGAGGGCUCGCAAGGCCUUCGUGGAGGAUGUGGAAGCCCAGCUGGCCCCGCACCCCCUGGCUCUCUACCCCAAUUUGGAAGAAGCUAUGCCUGUGCAGCUCUUAUUACAGGUGCUGGAAGUGCUCGAUCCUGCAAGGAAGCUGGAGGACGCAUGGGCUUAUUGUCAGGACGCGAGGAAAGGAGCACAGGAACCCACAAAGCUUUUACAGAAGCGUCCUACCCAAGCCCACCUGGGACUUCCCAAGAAGACGGUGUCACACUCACGCCAGUGGUGUUACAAAGAAAAGUCAAAUAAAAUGGAUUUGCUCCGUGGAAAUGGUCCUCCUCUUCAUGAAGAUGUACGCAAGGGAGUUAGUGACUUCUGCAGCUGGGUCACUACUAUUGGCAGUGCGGACAUUGGUGAGGACUUCAUCCUGCAACAGUUUGACGUUGACUAUCACAGCAAGCCAAGCUGUGACGUGCUCCCUGCGACGAGGCUAAACCAGGUUCCUCCAGAGAUGAGACAUAGUGUGGGGCUAAAUGACCUGCAAGGGCCGACAUUCUUCCAGAAACUAGAUCAUGAGAGGAAAGUCCAGAAACCACAGAAUCCUGAUAAACCAAAGUACGUGAAGAUGAGGUAUGGAGCUUGGUAUCUGAGCACCAAGUUGUGGAAAAAGCAAAGAGCAGACGAGCCUUUAGUUGAUCCCAAGGUCUCUCAUAAUGCUCGAGAUGAGGAUUUUAAAAAGGAACUGCAGAAACAGGAGGAGUUACUUGCAGACCUUCAUGGAACAGCUGCUUUUAAGGAUUUCAUUCUCAGCAGGGGCUACCGGAUGCCAAAGGCUGGGAGACUAAGCACAGCUGACAGAAGGGAGAACCGAGCUUGCAGUGUUUCCCUGUUCUCCAUCACGGCUUCCUGUCCCCCCACCCCCCGGUGUCCCUUCUGCCUGUCCCAUCCUAUCUGAAGACGCUGCCUCUGUCCUCAACGCACAGCGGCCUCUCCUGCAUCUAAUUCCUGGAAGCUCUUGGCCUGUGGCUGGCGGCGCAGCUGCUGAG